UUUAAUUUGGUUUAUUUAAAAAUAUUCGAUUUUUAAAUUAUUUUUUUGAAACCAAUUCUCGAAAACUGGAAUCGAUAAACGGUAAUUUGAAUAAAUUUAUUAUUUGAAGAUGAGGAAAAUGAAUUGAGAAAGGAAUUUAUGAAUAUGGAAAGACAAAUGGCCAUCGAAAACAUAAAAAAAUGGUAUUUUGAACAGAGUAAACGCCAUUCUAUUUUGUCAUAUCUUCAAAGAUACAAUGCAUCUGAAACAUUAAAGAAGUGGUACAGCGUCAAUUGGAAACGAAAAUUCAUCUUUCAUUAUUUACAAAGUCGAAUAAUAGCUUCGGUCAAUAGCUUGGUUGAAGAUAAUCGAAUUUCCGAGUAUUCGAUUAUUAAUCAUUACAAUCAGAAUUGCGAAUGCAACGAAUUAACUUCCGGAGACGAAGACAUUGGUAAAGAAUUAAGAGCCGAUAAUUUCGAUGAAGAAUUGCAAAAAGACGAGGCCGUUAAUAUUCAAAAGGAUAAAUUGUCGGUGAACACAGAAGAUGAAUUAUCACAGAGCGGAUUGACAAUGACAUCAAAUAUAAAAUCGUCGAAAGGUAAAAGAUACUGCAAGCCCAAGAUGAGAAAAAAAUGGUGUUGCAAUGUGGUGUAAAUAAUCUAAGUUUAAUUUAUUCUGUCUAUGAAUUAAAAACUGAAAAUUGAUCAUUGAUUGUAGAAAAAUUACUUUUAAUAAAAAUAUUUACCGUAUU